AUGUACCGUCAAGUUAAAGUAGCCAAAAGGCACGUAGAUUAUCAAAGAAUCGUAUGGCGUGAUGAUUCGCUAUCUGAAAUAAAAGACUUUCGACUAUCAAGAGUAACGGUUGGUACAUCCUGUGCGCCUUAUUUGGCGGUCAAAGUUUUACAGCAAAUCGCUAUAGAUGAAGGAGAAAAAUAUCCGUUAGCAGCAGGAAGAGUAAAAACCGAUUUCUAUAUCGAUGACCUCAUGACCGGAUGUCAAUCUGAAACAGAAGCAAAAGAAAUAUAUAAACAAAUGAAUGACUUAUUAGAAAAGGGUGGAUUUAAGCUACAAAAGUGGACUAGCAAUAGAGAAGAAUUGAUGAAGUGGUGGCAGAAAGAAAAUAUAGGAAUAAAGGAUAGAGAAAUAAAGGAAGACAGUGUAACUAAAAUUCUUGGUCUUACCUGGAAUCGAUGCUCGGAUACAUUUCAUUAUGUAGUAAAAAUGCCUACAGAGAUGCCUGAAACUAAAAGACAAAUUAUCGCUGAAAUAUGUCGUUUGUACGAUCCUCUUGGGUGGAUAGCUCCGUGUGUAGUCACAGCAAAGGUUUUUAUACAAAAAUUGUGGCUUGCAAGACUUGACUGGGAUGUUAAAUUACCAUCUGAACUUUUGCUUGAAUGGAAAACCUACCGGAAAGAAUUGUGCAAUUUGAGUCGCUUCCAAAUACCCCGCUGGGUUCAAAAGGCAGAUAGCAACAUACAGGUAGAGUUACAUGGUUUUAGUGAUGCAUCGACUGUAGCGUAUUCAGCCGUCGUAUAUCUAAGAUGUAUUACAGCUCUAGGUCAGGUUGAGUCUCAUUUAUUAAGCGCUAAAACUAAGGUAGCUCCAGUGAAACAAGUAUCUGUCUCUCGCCUCGAGUUGUGUGGAGCUGUUUUGCUUACCAAGUUGCUGGUUGAAGUGUCCAAUGUUCUCAAAAUAGAUAAAGCUAAUUUACAUGCUUGGACAGACUCUACGAUUGUUUUGGCAUGGUUAAGCGAUCAUCCAAGCCGAUGGAAAACCUUCGUGGCAAACCGGACAUCUGAAAUUCUUACGCGGUUAGAUGCAGCUCAGUGGUCUUAUGUCAAGACGAAAGAUAAUCCCGCUGACUGUGCGUCACGAGGUGUAAAACCAAGUGACUUGAUUUCUGACGAGUUGUGGAAGUGUGGGCCAGCUUGGCUACGCAACAACAAAAUGGAAUAUGUGAAACCAUUGUCUAUAUGUACCAAAACGGAUUUAGAAAUGAGACUUGUAAAAGCACACAUGGAGGUCAUAAACCCUAACGACGACGCUGAAGAUUUAACCCUUAAAUUUUCAUCAUUGCGAAAAUUAAUAAGAACUCUAGCGUACUGGACUGUUACGAGUAGGAGGUCGAAUGGAGAAUUCCGAGUUACCAGACAACAGCAAACAUCCUAUUAUUAUUAA